AUGAAGUGUUUUUUCAUCUGGCUUUCAGUCAUUGGCGCGCUAUUGCCUCAAGCAACAGCCUAUGCACAACGAGGUGCCUUAGAACGCCUCGUCUAUUACUAUUCUUACUUGGCUGAUGAACUCGUCAAUGCUGAGGAGGCGCGUACGGUCGCCGUUGGCUGCAGUGGCUCACUACCAGGCAAACGUUGUAACCUGGACGAAUUCCUCGAGUAUAUCUGGAAACCGUUGCCAACCGAGUCAGCGACGACGGCUCCGAAGGUAGAUAUUGUGGAGAAUUUAGGGAAGCCCAAGUUCGAAGAUGUCGCGGUGUCUCGUCUUUACACUCUAAUUUACACGUGGAAACCGAAAGACUCCACAGAUAAACGCCACGUGACCGGGAACACAGACAACUUGAAGCUCCUCCCUGGUUCAACAGAUUACUACGACUGCCUCUCGAAAAUAACUGGUCCUAUUGGUGCGCUCGAUAUGGCAAAGGCAACCUUCCCGGAUGGUGACAAAAAGGAUCUGGCUGACAAGAUCGUUAGCAAGGGCAAAGCGUCUGCACAACUGGUGUACGACUUUCGUUUGAAAGACAUCGAAAAGCACCGUAAAAAUUUCUUGAAGAUGCAACUGAUGGACGGUGAGGUCAUCUACAAGCAAGGGAGGAAUGUGGAAGGAUUGCUCCCUGGUUGGAAAACCCUUGACGCGAUUGCAACUGCUAAUGCGCUUGGGCCGCGCGGAGCGGACAGGCUGGAUGCGGCAAUAACGGCGCAUAAGAGCAGACCUAACGCUAUGAUGCACUACACAGCGUUGGCUGCAGCCGAUAGCGCCCAAGAGCUGAGCGGAUGCCCGGUGGGUACAACGUAG